UCCUCCCGUGGUCCGGCGGCUCCCUCUGGCACCCUGUCUGGUCUCUACCUCCCUCGUUCUCGACGAACCUGGUGAGUGGUGCUGACCUACAGGAUGCGGGUGUCCACCAGUUCACUCCUGCACGUCAGCGAGUGACCCACUGUACAGAGGCUGGCACAGGCCGACACCUGGCUACGUUCACCCGUCAGCCGGGGUCGAGCCUGUACACUCUGACCACUGCGUCUCCUCCAGUUGCUGAGUCUGGUAGGGUAGUUACGUCGGGUCAGGUGUUUGCUGCGGCGUCCAGGUCUGGUCCUGAGUCUGCCCCUGUUCGUGUCGUCUCCUGUCUCACGAGACUCUCCUCUGGCACCACCGCCUUGGCCACCCCUCUCUGCUUCGGCUCAGAGGGCCCUGGCCCUGCCUGUGUCCCCUGUGUUGAGGGGCGCCAGCGUGCUGCCCCUCACUCCUCCCAGUUUCCUUCGACAGAGGCCCCGUUGCAGACACUUCACAUGGACGUGUGGGGCCCAGCCCGCGUCCGUGGACAGGGUCACGAGCGCUACUUCCUGCUCGUUGUUGACGACUACUCGCGUUACACCACAGUCUUCCCCUUGCGCAGCAAGGGUGAUGUCACUGAGGUGCUGAUCGACUGGAUCCGCGCAGCUCGUCUCCAGCUCAGGCAGAGCUUCGGCUCGGACUUUCCUGUUCUGCGUCUGCACUCGGACCGAGGCGGAGAGUUCUUCUCUGGCCUUCUGCGUGCCUACUGUCGUGCACGGGGCAUCCGUCAGACCUUCACGCUUCCGGACUCACCGCAGCAAAAUGGGAUUGCUGAGCGCCGCAUUGGCAUGGUCAUGGACGUCGCUCGUACGUCUAUGAUGCAUGCGGCUGCCCCCCAUUUUCUGUGGCCGUUUGCGGUGAGGUACGCGGCGCAUCAGAUCAACCUCCACCCCAGGGUCUCCAGGCCGGAGACCUCCCCAGCCUUGCUGUGGACGGGGAAGGUUGGCGAUGCGUCGGCGUUCCGGGUCUGGGGAUCUCGGGCGUUUGUCCGCGACCGGUCUGCGGACAAACUAUCCCCUCGUGCUGCUCCUUGCGUCUUCCUGGGGUUCCCCCCUGACGCGCCUGGGUGGCAGUUUUACCACCCCACCUCUCGCCGUGUUCUGUCCUCCCAGGACGUCACGUUUGACGAGUCGGUCCCCUACUACCGCCUCUUCCCCUACCGCACUCCGUCCCUCCCCCCACCCCCACUCUUCCUGGUACCAGGUCCCCCCCAGGUAGACCCCCUCCCCCCUCAGGGUCCUGCCCCUUCAGGUGUGUCCCAGGUAGACGCAGUCGAGCCUGUCGAGGUCACUGGUGACUCUGGUGCUGCUGAGGGUGCUGAGGCUGGGGUGCUGUACCUGGGGGUGCGGAGCCUAGGGGUGCUGGGCCUGGGGGUGCUACGUCUGGGGGUGCUGAGCCUGGGGGUGCUGAGCCUGGGGGUGCUGAGCCUAGGGGUGCUGAGCCUGGGGGUGCUGAGCCUAGGGGUGCUACAUCUGGGGGUGCUGAGCCUAGGGGUGCUACGCCUGGGGGUGCUGAGCCUGGAGGUGCUCCGCCUGGCGGUUCUCCGAGUGCUUCGUCUCGCCGGGGAGCCACUUUCUCCACAGGAGCUGCGUGAGUGGUUUGCCCGGCGCUGGAGGCGUGCUGCUGGUGCUGGAGGUCCUUCGGCUGCUGAGGGUGCUGCGGUCGCGGGUCCCGGAGGUGCUCGUCCUGGGUGCACUGGAGCUGGUGCUGCUGAGGGUGUUGGCGCUGAGACUACCGCUGGCAGUCCUACUGGGGGUGCUCCUGGUGCUACUGGAGGUUCUGGAGCUACUGGUGGUGCUGCUGGAGCGGGUGCUCCUGCUGAGGGUUCUGGUGCUGUCCCUGCUGCUUCUAGCGUCGCCGCGCGGCCUCGACCGUACUUCGUUCCACUCCUGCAGCAGGUUCUUGGUCUUCCACCUUCUACUGGUCCUCCUCCUCCCUUAGAGUGUCCACAGCCUGUCUCGUCCCAGCUACAGUUGCAGCCUACCUCCCCUUUGCCUGCUCCUUCUCCCUACACUGGUCCUACUGGAGGUCUGGCUGAGCGUCGUGAGCCUGCGUCUCGCCCUGCGUCGCCUGUCCGUGCUGCUCGCACUAGUGGUCGCGGUUCGCGUCAGCGUCCUCCUCCUGUCCCUGGCACGCACCGGAUGUCUCUGCGUCCGUCCACUGCUCCUCUGCGUGCCCCUUUGCCUUCUCCUCCUGAGUCCUCUCUUCCUGCUCUUCCCGACCCGGAGUCGGACUCUCUUCGUGCUGCCAGUCCUACUGUCACGCGUCUCCUUGCUACUGUUGUCACUGACCCUUCUUUCGAGUCUACUGCUGCGUCUGCUCUCGUUACUGAGCUCGUCGACUUUGCUGCUCGCUGUCGCUUAGACUACGCUGCUAGUCUUGUCGCUGAGUCUGAGUCUGUCUGUCCUCCGUCCGUCGGGGGUGAGUGUGCCCUUGGCACGGACGUCCUUGAGGACAGGCAGGAGGAGUUCCAGUGUCUGGCAGCUGCCUCACCUCAUCUCGUGUCCGUACUGCUUACCCCUGAGGGAGACCCGGAUGCACUUGACAUCCCGACUCCGCGCUCUUACGCGGAGGCGAUAGAGGGUCCCUACUCCUCUCAGUGGCAGGCAGCUAUGGAUGCAGAGAUGGCUUCCUGGAAGUCCACAGGCACCUACGUUGACGCUGUCCCCCCUCCUGGGGCGAACAUCGUCAGUGGCAUGUGGAUCUUCAGGGUGAAGCGGCCGCCGGGUUCUCCGCCUGUCUUCAAGGCGCGUUACGUGGCUCGUGGCUUCAGUCAGCGGCAGGGAGUUGACUACUUUCAGACCUUCUCCCCCACCCCGAAGAUGACCACUCUUCGGGUACUGCUGCACACUGCUGCUCACCGUGACUACGAGCUGCACUCUCUUGACUUCAGCACAGCUUUCUUGCAGGGCAGCCUGCACGAGGAGAUCUGGCUGCGUCGCCCACCUGGCUUCACUGGGUCUUUCCCUCCUGGUACCCAGUGGAGUCUCCGGCGUCCAGUCUACGGUCUCCGCCAGGCGCCACGUGAGUGGCACGACACACUGAGGACUACGCUUGCGGCUCUUGGGUUUGCUCCUUCUACUGCCGACCCGUCGCUGUUUCUACGCACCGACACCUCUCUGCCGCCGUUCUACAUCCUCGUGUACGUCGACGACUUGGUCUUUGCCACAGCUGACACUGCUGGACUCGCCUACGUGAAGUCCGAGCUGCAGAAGAGACACACGUGCACAGACCUGGGUGAACUGCGCAGCUACCUUGGCUUGCAGAUCACCCGGGACAGAGCACGCCGCACCAUUACCCUGACUCAGUCACACAUGGUGCAGCAGGUCCUUCAGCGCUUCGGCUUCACGUACUCCUCGCCUCAGGCCACUCCUCUGUCUACUCGCCACUCGCUCUCAGCUCUGCCUUCGGAUGAGUCCGUAGAGUCGAGUGGCCCGUACCCAGAGCUUGUUGGCUGCCUCAUGUACCUGAUGACCUGCACACGACCUGACCUUGCAUACCCUCUUAGCAUUCUUGCACGCUAUGUUGCUCCUGGGAGACACAGACCAGAGCACAUGGCUGCAGCGAAGAGGGUGUUGCGCUACUUGUGCAGUACGUCGGGCAUGGGGCUAGUGCUUGGAGGGCGGAGUCCAGUGGUCCUCACUGGGCACGCGGACGCUUCUUGGGCUGACGACCAGGCUACGCAGCGGUCGUCACAGGGUUACACCUUCAGCCUUGGUUCCGGCUCUGUUUCGUGGCGGGCUACUCGCUCGUCUUCUGUUCUUGGCUCGAGUUGUGAGGCUGAGAUCUACGCCGGGGCCAUGGCUGCACAGGAGCUUCGCUGGCUCACCUACCUGCUGACCGACCUUGGAGAGCCGCCUCGUUCUCCUCCAGUCCUGUACGUAGACAACAAGGCCAUGCUGGCCUUGUGUCGAGAGCAGUGA